AUGAUUGAGAAACUGCCUUUACUCUCCCGACUACUGUACUCAGAAAUCCAUGGGCUGGUGCCCAUGGUGUCGAUCUGGAACUUGGUUAUCACGCACGUUCAGAGCAACCCGUCCUCCAGCCUGAAAGGCAGCGAAAGGGAGGAGCCGGGAUACUCCCGGUUAGCCGCGUUUCUAAGGGGCCGCCACCGCCGCCGCGCCUCCACCGGCGACCGCGCCCCCGAUCCCUGUUCCCCGGCCCGGGACGGAGCGGCUGGCGCUCGGCACAGAGCCUGGGCCGCCCAGCCCCAGCCGCCUCCCGGGGCGCUGGGUGUGGCCCCCCGCUCGGCGCCGACGCGGGCUGGCCGCGCGGACCGGACGCGGAGGUCGCCGUCCUUCCUUUCUCGGGCCGACGCGGGCGAGCUAGCCGGCUGGCGGGAGGAGGCGCCGGGUGCGGCGCACAUUCGCGCGCCCCGGGCGAGCGUGUGGCCGCCGCGCUCCGACGUGGACCCGCCCGCCCCGGAUCUGAAUCGGCCGCGGUCCCUCGCCUGCCCUCCCCCGCGCGAGAGUCCCCUUCCACCCGCCCGGCGGACGGAGACCCACCCCCUCCCGCCGCCCUCCCGCUCGGAGCCGCCUCCGCCGGCAGCGUCUCGCCCUCGAUCGCCGCCCGGCCCGGGGGCCGCGGGUCCCGGGAAAUCCGCGUUCCUUGGGCGCCAGGCGGGAGCAGGAUGCGGCGACCCCCGGUGCCGGCAAAGUCGCCGCAGUUGCCCGCGGCGUGACAGGAGUAGAUACCGAGCGACCCGGUCGCGGGACGAAGCGGUCGCGCUGCCGCGUUUGGGGGGGCGGACCCGGUGUCGGCCGACAGCGGCCCGAGCCCAAGACAUUGGUGGCUCCGGAGAUACGGAGGGUCUUCCCGCUCUCUCCACACGCUCGACUUUUUCGAGUCUUGGAAGAUCGGCCCCGCUCUCCCACUCUGUUCGGCGGUUAAUACUUACUGCAGACGUAGGAGGUGAAGGGCUGAGACUUUACCUGGACGGGGAUGCGAUUGAAACCUCCCAUCUUCUCAACUGGAGGUUUCCACCUCUUGGGGGUUUUGUGUGUGUGUUUGUGAACUUCCUGAGCCUUCAAUUCCCAGCAGUCCGGGUUUUAGCAGAUGCCAAGGUUUUGGAGACCUGACAUAGAUAAAGCAGAUGUGCAAUAUGGCAGGGAAAAGAAGGGACAGGAAGUCAGAAAUUGCUUCAUUCUGGAAAAGAAAAAAAAGAAUAUUCAAGUAACAAAUACAGUGACUUUGAAAGAUACUCUGAAAGUGAAGUCUAUAGUUGCCUUCUGGAUAAAGUAUUUGGCCUUAUAAAAUUGUAUCAACCAGAAAGCAGUGUGUUGUAUGGGUGGGGGCAGUUUUUAUCAAGUAAUUGUAGUGUUUUUAAAAAAAUCUGUGUAUGAAAAUAUUUGUUGGAGCUCUAAGUGGGGAAAAAUCAACUUUGGGAAUGAUUUUCCAUUUGGACAAGGCAAAUACUGCUGCAGUCUCUAAUUAGAGUUUUGGAUUAAGCGCAGGCUUUGUUAAAAUCUAUUUUAUGGGGCAGCAGAACAAAAAAUAUGUCCGAUUCUUUGUGUGGCUUUAAAAAUACACACACACACACA